UGAGCUCUGCCUCCUUCCCGUUUUGCUGCAGCGAUGAAAGCAGACGAGACAAUCAAGUUAAGCCCGCGGAUGUCCUAUAAAACUGUUUGACAGAACCGGGCUGUUUCAGAGUCAGAACGCAGCCCGAUGAGCUCGCAGCUUUGCGCUAUUCUGGUCGGGUUCUGAUUCAAAGAAGAAGCUGAGAUACAGAAGAUAGUGGUGUUCGGCCCUCUGCAGUCUGAAUCAGCGGAGACUUGCCCUGCCGCUGAUUUGUGGUCGUUUGUCUCUCGACGUGCGCAUCAUCUCGUAGCCAGAAAGCAGCGGGAACGGGUCGGAACCGAGUCCGUGUUUGACCCCUCCCUCCCGCAGCCCGAGGUGUGCUGCUGGGCAGAGCAUGCUAAAUAAUGAGCCAAAGGGACACACUGGUUCAUUUGUUCGCUGGAGGAUGUGGUGGUACUGUGGGUGCUAUUCUGACUUGUCCUUUGGAAGUUGUCAAGACCAGGUUGCAGUCCUCCUCCAUCACACUGUACAUCUCUGAAGUUCAGCUCAGCACCGUCAACGGAGCCAGCGUUGCUCGGGUUUCUCCUCCGGGGCCUCUGCACUGUCUCAAGUUAAUUUUAGAAAGAGAAGGACUCCGUUCACUAUUCAGAGGACUGGGUCCCAAUCUUGUAGGUGUGGCACCUUCCAGGGCGAUCUACUUUGCAGCCUAUUCGACAGCCAAGGAGAAGCUGAAUGGAGUGCUGGAGCCAGACUCGACCCAGGUGCACAUGGUGUCUGCUGGGAUGGCAGGGUUCACCGCCAUCACGGCCACCAACCCUAUCUGGCUGAUCAAAACCCGCCUGCAGCUGGACUCCAGAAACCGCGGCGAGCGGCGCAUGAGUGCCUUUGAGUGUGUGCGGCGGGUGUACCAGAUGGAUGGUCUACGAGGUUUCUACAGAGGGAUGUCGGCCUCGUAUGCCGGCAUCUCCGAGACCGUUAUCCACUUUGUGAUUUAUGAAAGUAUCAAGCGUAAGCUGCAGGAAUCCAAAGUCCACAGCAGCAUGGACGAGGAGGACGAGUCCGUCAAAGAUGCCUCGGACUUCGUGGGCAUGAUGCUAGCAGCAGCCACUUCCAAGACCUGUGCCACCUCUAUUGCCUAUCCUCACGAAGUGAUUCGCACACGGCUACGAGAGGAAGGCAGCAAGUACCGCUCCUUCUUUCAAACUCUCCUGACGGUACCCAGAGAGGAGGGAUAUGGGGCGCUGUACCGCGGCCUAACCACCCACCUGGUCAGACAGAUCCCUAACACUGCCAUCAUGAUGUGCACCUACGAGGUGGUGGUCUACUUGCUCAGCUGUUAGUCUCCUUCCAGUUCUAGGGAGGAGAUGGUAAGUGAAGAACUGAGAACGAUGCGCUUGGAACUGUGGGUGUGACGUCAAAAUGAAGACCAAAGGAAAUCUGAAGAUACUCGAGUGGACCAGGAACCGAUGAAGACGCACAUUUAUUUUUUCAUUUUUGGUACAAAAUCAGCAUCAUCUGGUGUAGUUGGGCAGGUGGAGCAGAGCUCACAGGAGAGGCAGGCAGCAUGAUUCAGAGGUGAGAGGAGGCACUGACACAGAAAGUGUUUGGCUGCUGAAUUGGCUUUAAUUCAUCUUUUUGACUGAAGAAUAGGAAAAGAGCAGCAUUUCUCAUGGUGUUUGGUGGGAGGUGAAUGUAUGAAAGUAACUGAACUAAAACAGGCUUUAUGGGUCAGAAACUUGGAAUUUCUUAUUAACGUGAUAUUUAGAAGGAAGUGGAAAUAGAAACAAAGAGGUCUGUGUGGGUUGUCAGGCCACCUGGUCCACCCUUCACUAUGUACUAAAACUGACACUUUAGAAUGGACUGAAUUCUUGUCGUAAGUGAUACAUGGAUCUGUGUCAGCCAUGGUGACAGCAGUAGGAUUGGCAUUUUACCCUAAAAUCAGCCAAAUGUAAACCAAAAGGAAAAAGGAAAAUAUUAUCUGAAAAAUUAAACAUUCACAAAAAGAUGUCAAAUUUAUUUGAAAAGAAAACAAACAAAAAAUAAACCACAACCAUUUUGUGUCACAUUUUUAUAAAUUUGGCAUUCUUAUUAUUUUUAAUGUAUUCUAGGACAAAUAAUACAUUUGUAAGUAUUUAUAUUGUCACUUCAUGCAUUCUCCUCUGAACACUACAGCUGCCGCUUAGACGAGCAGCAGUGCAUCCACCGGUGGAUUACACUGGGCGCUAGGAUUAAAAACUGACCCCGAGUCAGCAUUUCAUUCCUCUAGAAGCACCUAGUGGUGACACGGUUUGGCUGAAGUUGGUUUUCAUCAGAGACUUGUUAAAACUUAAGGUCAGCCUCUGCUCCACCUGCUGCUGCUGCUGAGGACUUAGAUCUAGCUGUGAGAGCGCGAGACACAGUCCAAAAGGUACAGAGGAUCUUCUGUUAGGGGUUGCUACUUGAAUCAGACGUGACCGUUUAGAGAAAGUAUUGAAGUGAGAGGAUUUUGACAGAGUUUCCUCACCUAUAGCCUGCGUGUGUGUGUGUGUGUGCGUGUGUGUGUGCGCGCGCGCGUGCGUGUGUGCAUGCUUGUAUUUGUGUGUUUUAACAAGUCUGUUGAUCUUUUUGUGUUCAAGAAUGUGUGUGUUGUGCAUCUGCAGUCGUGUGCCUGUAUGUAUAAUAAAUAUCUACUCCGGAUUUCCAUCCACUCACUAUUAAUCUUGCAGAUCGCUGCAGUCUGGAGCCUUUAGAGGCUCCGGUGUGAAACUGGGAGCGUUGACUCGUACCAGUCCUUCCUUACCAGUGGCUUCCAACUUACCUGAUAACAUGCACUUUUGUGGCCUUUUGGGGCUUGUGCUUAGCUUUUUAUUGUGUGGACAGAUUAAACUUGUACAUUGUAAAAGGAAAAAAAGUAUUACUGUUUCUCAAAUUGGUAUUUUGCGCAACAGUUCCUAUAGCAGAUGUAUGUACAGAUUAGAGUUUUCAGUUGUUUGUAAAUAAUAUAGUGUAUAUGCAUAUCUGUGCCCCCCCCCCCCCCCCCAGCCUACUUCUGAUCAUGCUGUAGUUUGCCUUUGCAAAAAAUUGUUUUCAUUUUUGUGCAAUUGAAUCAGUUUUGACAUUGACUGUUGACAUGAAUAUUAAUAUUUUUUGUUUAUGUUCCCAUGUGUUUGUACGUUGCAGAGAGCUGUCAUGCAAAAGCUACCAAAUGCUGCAGAUCAAACGCACGAACGUGCGCGUUUGGGCCGCGGCUUUGGUUGGUUGUUCAGUCACGUUCACAAAAAGUUUUCCAUUUCUCAAAGUUUAGGCUGCUUGUGUCAUUUGGGAUGUUUACGUCUUUCUUCACUUUCUUUCAGACUGUGGUUCGGGUUCUUUGCAUAUUGUUUUCAACAUUACGUUUGAGGUGUUUCCGUGGGAGAGUUAAAAAUCCAGUCGUUUUUUAACACUAUGGAGAGAAAAAAAGAUUUACUUUGGGAGGUUAAAUCUUGGAAAUUAGAUUUUUAAAGUGUGAGAUCCAGAUCUGAAAAGAAUAAAUGGUGUCUUACCUUUUUUUCGAUAUUUUAGUGCUACUUUACACACGCAUGUGGAAACGAGAGAUUAUUUCUAAAAAAUCAUUGGAAAUUGAAUGCCUUCAUUUAAGAUGCUGGUCCUAAACUCUCAUCCCUUAUGUGCUGCAGUAUUAUUUCAGACAUGUUAUAAUAACCUGUUAUCAUUUACAUUUAACAAAGCAGUUGCUUGUGUCCAUGUUGCUGUAAAACACUAAAAUCUUUAAAUUUGUCAUCAUCUUGGUUUUGACAUGAACAGACAACAGGACAAAAGUUUCCCUUGAUGAGUUGCCUCUCAGCUUUGUGUUAGUGUCUUCACCCUGUACGCUUGGAUAAGAUGCAGCUGAAAGCCAUCAUGACUCGGAAUGGUUUGUCAGCUCAGUCUUUUAUGUGUUUUGUGUUGUUUUUUUUCUGUUUUUUUUAACACGAAAGCCAAUAAAAGUUAUUUACAAUAAAAA